AUGAGAUGCGUGGGCCCGCCCUCUGUGCGCGCGAAGGGGCGGGGCGAGCGCAGGGACACGCCCACGCUCGUGCGCGAGGGUCGCAGGUGCCGCACGAGGGUCCCCAAAGGUCACGUGAGGGUCACCAAUAACAGCGCGGGCGGAGGAUCCGUGUUACGGCCCGAGAAUACCCGGGGCCGCGGGGCGCCGGAACGGGGGGACCCCGCGGCGGGGGGGGCUCGGGGGGGGCCUGGGGGGAUCCGGGGGGCUCGGGGGAUCCGGGGGGCUCGGGGGAUCCGGGGGGGCUCGGGGGACCCGGGGGUCUGGGGGAUUCGGGGGGCUCGGGGGAUCCGGGGGGGCUCGGGGGACCCGGGGGUCUGGGGGAUUCGGGGGGCUCGGGGGAUUUGUGAGGUCUGGGGGAUCCAGGGGGCUUGGGGGGUCUGGGGGGAUCCGGGGGGGCUCGGGGGACACGGGGGGGGGGGGGAUUCGGGGGGCUCGGGGGAUCCGGGGGGGCUCGGGGGACCCGGGGGUCUGGGGGAUUCGGGGGGCUCGGGGAUCCAGGGGGCUCGGGGGGUCUGGGGAUCCGGGGGUCUGGGGGAUUCGGGGGGCUCGGGGGGUCUGGGGGAUUCGGGGGUUCUGGGGAUUCAGGGCUUUGGGGGGGUUCAGG